AUGUCGGAACGAAAAUCCAUCAACAAAUACUACCCACCAGACUUCGAUCCUUCCAAAGUUCCAAAGAAAAAGAAGUCUGGUGGAGGUAUAGCAACUAUAAAAGUCCGUCUAGAAACCCCCUACUCGAUGCGGUGUACACGGUGCAACGAAUACAUAUCCAAAGCUCGCAAAUUCAAUGCCAAGAAAGAAUACACCAAAGAGAUGUACUUGAAGACCAAGAUUUAUCGCUUCCACAUUACAUGUCCUCGGUGCAACAACAACAUUACAUUUAAGACAAGCCCACAAACUGCCGGAUUUGUGCCUGAACUAGGUGCGGUUCGAAAUUAUCAGCCCAAAGUUGUAGUUGGAACCGAAGCCCCAGAGACGGAAGACGAAAUUUUGGAACGACUUGAAAGAGAGGAGAAAGAGAACAAAUCGUUUAAGGAACAGCGAGAGAAGAGGAAACGAGAUCCUUUUUGGCAAAAAAAUGCCAACUUGAAAAACGGCGAUGGAGACCUAAUGGACAACUUGGAGAAAAAGUUGCGAGAACAGCAACGUCAGCAAGAACUUAGUGAGGAAUUGGAAGCUUUGCAAGCUCGCAAAAAAGAGCUUCAGGAGAAUGGUGGAACUAACGAAAUCAUAGACGCAACUAAAGAACGUCUUGAAAGUGAGUUACAAGAACUGCGAGAUAGACUAGCGAAAGCCGAAAAUGAUGAAGAUGAUGCUAUAGCUCAGCAAGCAUUUAAGCGAUUCAAAGCAGCCCCAAAAAAAAUUGACGAAAAAACCGAGGUUUCACCGGUCCAUAAAAUUUCAAAAGUAACACCUUUCAAGCAAACGAUUACACUCAAGAGAAACACAACGACGCCGAGUGGUUCAAACAAUACCCCAAAACCUGCGCUCGGUGGUUAUUCUUCGGAGUCCGACUAA